CCACCAUUUCUUCCUUCCCACUUGACUGCAAUCACAAUGCGUCCAUUGUUCCUCAUCCCAGUCUUCUCUUUGGCUCUGUUCUGCGGCUUCCCUCUGAAUCUGGGGCAGCAACCUUAUAUUGGCUUGGGCACAGUAGCCUGUCCUAGAAAGGGCAAUUCAAAAUCUAUUCGUGGUUACACUUGCAACGGCCUUGCUCACAGCUGCCAAGCUUACCUCACCUUCAGAUCUCAACCCCUUUACUACUCCGUUUCCACAAUUUCUGCUUUGCUUGGCUCCGACCCUUCUCAGCUCUCCGAGAUCAACUCGGUUUCUCUGAAUGCCACUUUUGCAGCUAAUCAUCUGGUGAUUGUCCCCGUUAACUGCUCUUGUGCAAGUGACUAUUAUCAGACUAACACGACCUACACCGUCCACAACACAGAAACAUAUUUCUUGAUUGCUAACAACACUUUCCAAGGUCUCUCAACCUGUCAAGCUCUCAUGGAUCAAAACGACAUUCCUGGAGAUUUAUUCCCCGGUACAAAACUUAAGGUCCCUCUUAGAUGCGCUUGUCCCACAAAAAAUCAAACUGACAAGGGUGUCAAGUACCUAUUGAGUUACUUGGUAGACCCGGGUGAUUCUGUUUCUGUCAUCAGUGAAAGAUUUGGUGCACUCACUGAUCUCACUCUCGAAUCAAAUAGCCUUUCUUAUCAAGACUUUAUAUAUCCCUAUACCACACUUUUAGUGCCCCUUCAACAUGAACCCAACAUCACUCGAAUCGUGGUGUCUCCUCCUCCACCAUCUCCUUCAUCCCCACCUUCGUCUUCUACCUCAGGCGGCAGCUCAAAUAAGACCUGGAUAUAUGCAGUUGUUGGAGCUGUCGGAGGUCUUGUCUUGAUAUCAUUCCUCCUCGGUAUCCUUGUUUUCUGUAAACGGCGUCCCAGAAGCGAAAAGAAAGAUGAUUCUGCAAUAGUGUCCGAGAGUUUCGAGGCAACAGAGAAACCAGAAGGGAAAAAGGUCGGGGAAGAGUCUGAAACGUUGUUGGAGAUAAUAUCCGGCAUAGCCCAAACUUUCAAAGUGUACGGAUUUAAGGAACUACAGCGUGCAACGGAUAAUUUUAAUUCAAGCUGCUGCAUCAAAGGGAGUGUUUAUCGUGCUAUGAUUAAUGGUGAUUUGGCCGCUAUUAAAAAGAUGGAUGGCGAUGUGUCGAAAGAGAUCGCAAUUCUGAGCAAAGUCAACCAUUCUAACGUGAUACGCCUUUCGGGCGUCAGCUUCAACGAGGGCCAUUGGUAUCUGGUUUACGAGUAUGCCGCUAAUGGAUCCUUGACUGAUUGGAUCUACGUCAACAACUUGGACGGAAAGUUUUUGACUUGGAGUCAGAGAAUGCAGAUAGCAUUGGAUGUGGCCACAGGACUUGACUAUCUCCAUAGUUUCACCUCUCCUCCUCUUAUCCACAAGGAUCUCAAGAGUGAUAACAUCCUUCUCGACACUGAUUUGAGGGCCAAGAUUGCAAACCUGGGGCUUGCAAGGUCCGUAGAAGGAGAGGAUGAUCAAUUCCCUGUGACGAGGCAUAUUGUUGGAACAAGAGGCUACAUGGCUCCCGAGUAUCUAGAAAAUGGCAUUAUCUCUACAAAGCAAGAUGUUUAUGCAUUUGGGGCUGUGAUGCUGGAAACGCUAAGUGGAAAAGAAGUUGCUGCUAUUCAUUCAGAAGAUCAAGGGAGUUUAUCAGAUGUCUUAAGUGUCAUUCUUGAUGGGGACCGAGGGGAGGAGAAGCUGAGGGAUUUUAUGGAUCCUUGCCUGAAUGGAAACUUUCCAUUGGAACUUGCUGUGUUUGUGCUGAGAAUGAUUGAUAAUUGCUUGAAGAAAGAUCCAGCGAGUCGCCCUGCCAUGCAUGAGAUAGUGUCGUCUCUUUCUGCAACGUUGAAUUCUUCAUUGGCCUGGGUCUCUGGGGACUUGAGCUUUAGCAGGAGCUCUUAAUUUUACCCGACAUGAAACAAGACACUUACCGCCAUCUUUUGAGGGUAAGCUUUUCAUAGAGAUAACAAAAGUAUUGUUUCAAUCGACAUGAUUCCAAACACACUUGAAUAAUUGUUUCCUGUUUGCUGGCCAAAAAAUAGAAAAUAAAAAAAAAUUCCUGUAUUUCGUCCAUCCGUCAGUCAGUAUGUUUAUGGGAUCGAAUGCGUCAAACACUCUGUCCAAAGUUUAGGUAGUACAGCAUUGUUCAUGCAAUAUGGUAUAAGCAUUGGUCAAAAAAGAAAAAGAAAAGUUUAAGCAUAAUAAGCAAUUCAUUUGACGUUCA